GGCAAUGUUCUUUCUAUGUAGCGCAUACGCAAAAAAACAAACGUGAAAACACCCCCGGCGGGGCUCGAACCCGCAACCUUCAGAUAAACUCUCCCGAAGCUUCCUGGACAUUGAUAGAAGUCUGACGCCCUACCAUUGGGCUACGGGGGCUGUUUAUUGAACUGAGAAAAUCCCACAUUUUCCAACUAUUGGACGAAGAAGCCGAAAAUAUGCCGAAAGUGCGCUGAGCAUCACGUGUUUUCGCGUACUUUACCCCGCGACGCGGCGAGCUCAAUUCCAAAUUCCAAAUUCCAAAUAAUUUCCAACCGCAUCCAGCGAGUCUCAGGCUCGACAGUAAUUAAUUAUUAUUGAAGCAAUCUCACGCAAAAUAAAAACAAAAUCCCCUGCCUUUAUCAGUCAAUUUCCCACCAGCUAGCUAAUACAAAGCCUUAACCCAGCGUCCCCGGAAAACAGCCUCGAAAGGUCAAAAACCAAACCAUGUCCCUCUCAACCCCGCGCCUCCUCCCAGACCACCUGCACGCCUUCCUCCCAGGCCCAAACCACUCAGGGCCGACCACAAUCCGCAUCUUAGGAACUGUAACAGAGUUGCGCGGUGAACAUGCGACAAUCACCUGCGGUAACAAUGGGAAUGCCACGUUAAUUUUGAACCGCGAGGCGCAUUUGCAACUGGGCAGGAUGGUGGACGUUAUCGGGAAAGUUACGCAGACUGAAGCGGGCCUGGCUAUUCGGGUUUUAAAUGCAGUGGAUUGUGGUGAUCCAAAGGAUAUUGACUACAAAAUCUACGAACAAGUUGUCGACGUAACGCAUCGAGUAAAGGACAUCUUCUACUAAAAGGAUCGGAAUAUGAAGUGGUUGUCAUGUCCUAUCGAAACAACGUCCUUAUUUUGAUAUCCAUACGCUUACUCGCAUCCCGAAACCCAUCAAUUUCCAGCUUCCCUGUAAAGCGACGUGUUCAGGGAGAAGCGGGCAUGAGAGUGGAAGUGAAUGGUUAUUAUUCGUUUCAAUUCAGCUCGGAAAAUGGAGAAUUUUCCAGUUGGGCGUUUAUUAAUUGAUGGAAAGAGAGAUUUGCUGUCAUUUCUACCCUCUACGGAUACAUAUAAGGAGGGUUUCGAGAGAGCCUGUGGCGCCGCAGUCGAUGCCUUUUUUUGCUCGUUUUUCUUUUAACAAGGGGCGAGCUAAAACCAGAUCCGUCUCUGUGUAGGGUUUCCCCUGGCUGGUUCAUGUCUAUUUUAUCAUCGUUUACCAUCUUACGACCGGCGUUCAGGUAUAAAUUUUGCCCAAUCGAUUUACUUUAGUUGGAGACUUCGGCAGCAAAAAAGGAGCCGAAAUGAAUAUACAUGAGAAAUUUUUCAUGGAUUUCGGGCUUACAGCUCACGCUUGGGCGAAAAAAAAAAUAUUCAAGCACAAAAAUCACAAUCCAAUUCAUAAUUGUGAAGAGGAGUCAGUUAAUCUGCCACGCACUCCUUUCCAUUCAAGUUUGUCCAACAUAAAUAUAUUAUGCAGAGCACAAAACAAAACACAUCAAUCACUGCGUAGGCGAAACAGAUUCGUUAAACACUUAAUUGCACCCACAAUCAUAAGGCGAGACAAAUCAAUCGUAACCAGU